CCCCCUCACACACACAUUGCAGUAUAAAGUGCAGGUUCAGUUUUCUGCACAGUUGCACCUCUUCUGCGCAGUGAAACUUCACAUCCAAGGACUUCAUCAGGACCGCUCAGCAUGGAGCUGUUCACCAAAACUCUGUUUCUGUGCCUAGCAUUCGCCCUUACUAAUGGAGCACCUGCGCCGCCACCUGAUGCAGCAGUAGACGAUCCUUCUCUCCCAGACCGCUGUGAUGGGAGUGAGUUUGAUGCCAUUACUCCUGAUGAGAAAGGGAACACUUUCUUCUUCAAAGGAAGCCACUUGUGGAAGGGCUUUCAUGGUCCAGCUCAGCUGUCCAAUGAGUCCUUUAAGGAGCUUGACGACAUCCAUAACAUCGGCCAUGUCGAUGCUGCCUUCCGCAUGCACAACGCAGAGAACCCAGACGACCACGACCACAUCUAUUUCUUCCUGGAUGACAAGGUGUUCAGGUAUUAUGACCAUGCUCUGGAAGAAGGGUAUCCGAAAGAGAUACAGCAAGACUUCCCAGGAGUCCCCUCUCAUCUGGACGCUGCUGUUGAGUGUCCCAAAGGAGAGUGCAUGGCCGACUCGGUUCUGUUCUUCAAGGGACAGGACGUUCAUGUUUAUGACAUUGCAACAAAGACAGUGAAGACCAAGACAUGGUCCCAUCUGCCCGUCUGCACCUCUGCUCUGCGCUGGCUGGAGCACUACUACUGUUUCCACGGACACAACUUCACCAAGUUCCACCCGGUGUCCGGAAUGGUGAGCGAUGCUUACCCAAAGGACGCCCGCAGAUACUUCAUGAAGUGCCCCAACUUCGGUCAUGGCGGUAACUACAGUGUCCUGAAAUGCAGCAAUGUCAAAAUAGAUGCCAUCACCACAGAUGAUGCGGGAAAAAGUUACUUCUUUGCAGGCCUCAUCUACAUGCGUCUGGACACCAGCCGUGACGGCCUCCACGCCUUCCCCAUCACCAGGUCCUGGAAGGAGGUGACCAGCGGGGUGGAUGCUGUCUUUUCCUACACUGACAAAAUGUACUUGAUUAAGGGUGAUCAGGUGUACAUCUAUAAAGCUGCUGCUCACUACACCCUGAUUGAAGGCUACCCUAAAACCCUGAAGGAGGAACUCGGCAUUGAAGGACACGUAGACGCUGCUUUUGUUUGUCCUGAUGCUCACGCAGUUCAUCUUAUCCAAGGAGGUAUAAUUCGUGCGGUCGACCUAACCGCCACACCCAGGGCCGUGACCCGGACGAUGCCCAUGUCUCUGUCCAACAUUGAUGCUGCUAUGUGCAGUGCAGAGGGGAUACAUGUGUUCAAAGGUCCUACUUAUUACCAGUACCAAAGCGCCAUGAUACUGGCUGUGAGCAGAAUCGCCCCUGAGCCUCACAACGUUACCAAAGCAAUGAUGGGAUGUGAGGAAUAGGAUGAAAGAUCAUUUACUACUACGCACACAAGAAAAUAAAUGGCCUCUAUGGAUAAGAAGUCUUCCUCACAUGAUGAAUAAAAUGUGGAAACUA